AUGACGGGGAACGAUGCGCGCAGGCCUUCAACGCCGGCUCCGACAAAGAAUGAGAAAUCCCGGCUCGAUACAAUAGCAAACAGCAUCCGAGAGCACCUUAGCGUGCCGCACAACUGGAUCGCACCGGUUAUCGCUGCUGGCCUCACUCUAGGCCUCUGGACGUUCUACCAAUCCUACCUACGGCGCAUCCCCGGCACCGACCACAUUACACCCGGCUUCUUCCGCCGCCGCAGUCUACUCGGCAAGGUGACAAGUGUCGGGGACGGGGAUGGCUUCCAUAUGUUCCACACUCCGGGCGGUCGCUUGGCCGGCUGGGGCUGGCUGCGCCACGUGCCAAAGGACAGAAAGGAGCUGAAGGGCCGGACCAUCUCCGUCCGCAUCGCCGGGGUUGACGCCCCAGAAGGCGCCCACUUCGGGCGGCCCGCGCAGCCUUACGCAGCCGAAGCGCUGGCCUUCCUAGAGAGCUAUGUGCUACACCGGCGGGUACGUGCCUAUAUCUACAGGCGUGACCAGUACGAGAGGGUCGUGGCAACAGUGUACGUCCGCAGGCCGCCCUUCUUCUUCCCCCGGAAGGAUGUCGGGUUGGAAUUGCUCAAGCACGGCCUAGCGACCACGUAUGAGGGCAAGACAGGCGCCGAGUUCGGUGGCCCCAAACUGGAGGCAGUGUAUAGGGUAGCCGAGGCGACUGCGAAGAGCAAGGGGAAGGGGCUGUGGGCGAGGGCGGGCCCUGCUAGGUCUGGGAAGCAGCAGGAAUUGGAGAGCCCGAUGGCGUACAAGAAGCGCAUGAAAAUGCUGGAGAUGCCGGUUGAACAGAAGGGCAAGGUGUGA